UCUCUCUUCCUCCACACUCAUCCAACAUCCACAGCCCGUGUGCACGAAGCUCCGUCAGAAAUGGCGAUGUCGUCGAGCGCGGAAGUGUCCACGAGGCUUCAACUCAUCAAGCAACACCUCCUCGGCGAACCCUCCCCGAUCGGAGCCACCUUCCCUGCUCACCUCACCGCCCCCGUCACCACCUCAUCCUCCAACUCCAUCACUUUCGGACCUGCGAUCCAACCCUCUUGCUCCGAGUCUCUCUCCUCCAUCUCCUUCUCCGACUUUGAUUGCCUCCCAAACGCCGAUCUCUUCGAGCUCGAUGUCAACUCAAACGACUUCGAGCAAAACCAGGGCGAGAGCUUUGUUUUCGAAGCGAAACCUCAAAAACUCGACUUAAGACCUCCGAUGGCGGCCAAUUCGAGUUCAUCGAUGAGCUCCGAAUCGAAUUUGCUCUUUGAGUUUGAAAUGAAACAAGAAAUAAUCAAAGAAACGGCCUCAAAAACCUUGCAAUCGAGCAACAAGCCGUCACUGAGGAUCGCGCUGCCGAGCAAAGUCGAGUUGCUGCGAUUUGCCGAGCUGAAUCAGACUGUUCGAAAAGGUUCUAAUCAAGCACGCAACGAACAGAGGCACUAUAGGGGAGUCCGGCAGAGGCCGUGGGGGAAGUUCGCGGCAGAGAUCCGAGACCCGAAACGGAAGGGCUCACGCAUGUGGCUCGGUACCUUCGACACCGCGAAGGAAGCCGCAAAGGCCUACGACCGAGCCGCCUUCAAGCUCCGCGGCUCGAAGGCGAUCCUCAACUUCCCUCUCGAAGCUGGGAAGACCGAGCCUCCGGCAGCCCAGGCCAAUGGCAAGAAACGACGCCGUGAGGAGCAGGAGGAGCGCAAGGACAUCGUGAAGAAGGAGAAGGUGGUGGAGUCCAAUGUCAGCGAGUGGAGGGACAUCCCUUUGACGCCGUCUAGCUGGUCGGGGACCUGGGACUGUGAUGUCGCAACGGGGAUCUUCAACGUUCCUCUGCUGUCGCCGUUAUCUCUGAUUCCGACGUUAGGGUUUCCUCAGCUCAUGGUCAUAUAAUCAGUGUCUUCUUUCUUUUGCUUUCCUCUUUGUUGGAG